AUUCUUUUUUUUUUUUUUUCUUUAGUUCAACUAUCACAAAAAAAUGUUUAGAUCAGAAUUCCUGUGUCAUGAAGAGUUUUUAAGCUAGGCUUUCUUGAUCUACCCAGAAGAGGAUUUGAUGCUGGAAACGGAAUAUAUCAGUCAAAGGAGGGUUCUCAUUCUGGGAGGACCUCGUUGUUGCUGUAAUAGUGGUUGAAGACUAACUCCCAGAACAUUACCUGACCUCUGACCUGUCAGCAUGGGCAGACUACAAGCCUGUAUGUCACUGUACAAAACAACACAAGAUUAAAUCAAGCACAAGAUAAGAUGAUGCAUUCAAGAGAUGCGACUUGGCAUCUCCUGUCUUUUUCCUGCUUCCUGGCAUUUUAGCAUCUCUCCAGUGGGAUGUCCUCGAAUUUUGAAUACCAAUUUACGCCAAAUUGUUGUUAUUAGUAUUCUGGCUGCUGCUGUUUCACUUUUAUACUUUUCUGUUGUCAUAAUCCGAAAUAAAUAUGGGCGACUAUCCAGAGACAAAAAGUUUCAAAGGUACUUGGCACGAGUUACUGACAUUGAAGCUACAGAUACCAAUAACCCCAGUGUGAACUAUGGUAUCGUGGUGGACUGUGGUAGCAGUGGGUCUCGAAUAUUUGUCUAUUGCUGGCCCAGGCAUAAUGGCAAUCCUCAUGACCUGUUGGAUAUCAGACAAAUGAGGGAUAAAAACCGAAAGCCAGUGGUUAUGAAAAUAAAACCAGGCAUUUCAGAAUUUGCUACCUCUCCAGAGAAAGUCAGUGAUUACAUUUCUCCGCUCCUCAACUUUGCUGCAGAGCAUGUGCCACGGGCAAAACACAAAGAAACCCCUCUCUACAUUCUUUGCACAGCUGGCAUGAGGGUCCUUCCUGAAAGCCAGCAAAAAGCCAUCUUGGAAGACCUUCUGACUGAUAUCCCUGUGCAUUUUGACUUUCUGUUUUCUGACUCUCAUGCAGAAGUAAUUUCAGGGAAACAGGAAGGUGUGUAUGCUUGGAUCGGCAUUAAUUUUGUCCUCGGACGAUUUGAGCAUAUUGAAGAUGAUGAUGAGGCAGUCGUGGAGGUUAACAUUCCUGGAAGUGAGAGCAGUGAAGCCAUUCUCCGGAAAAGAACUGCCGGUAUUCUCGACAUGGGAGGCGUGUCAACUCAGAUAGCAUACGAAGUCCCCAAAACUUCUGAACACGCCUUUACUGUGCUUGCUGAGGUACCUCUGCUCAACCCAGGAGAAAGGAGACAGGAGGAAGCCAAGGAAGAAGUAGCUAAGAACUUGCUGGCUGAAUUUAACCUGGGAUGUGAUGUUCACCAGACUGAGCAUGUGUACCGAGUCUAUGUGGCCACAUUUCUUGGGUUUGGUGGCAAUGCUGCUCGACAGAGAUAUGAAGACAAGAUAUUUGCCAACACGUUUCAAAAGAACAGGCUCCUGGGGAAGCAGACUGGUCUAGCUCCUGACACUCCAUACCUGGACCCCUGCUUACCCCUAGACAUUAAAGAUGAAAUCCAGCAAAAUGGGCAGACCAUGUACCUGCGGGGAACGGGAGACUUCGACCUGUGCCGAGAGACUCUCCAGCCUUUCAUGAACAAAACAAAUGAGACACAGACUUCCCUCAAUGGUGUCUACCAGCCCCCCAUCCACUUCCGGAACAGCGAGUUCUAUGGCUUUUCUGAAUUCUACUAUUGCACUGAAGAUGUGUUACGAAUGGGAGGAGACUACAAUGCGGUUGCGUUUACUAAAGCUGCUAAGGAUUAUUGUGCAACAAAGUGGUCGAUCUUACGAGAACGCUUUGACCGAGGACUGUAUGCCUCUCACGCUGACCUCCACAGGCUAAAGUACCAGUGCUUCAAGUCUGCCUGGAUGUUCGAGGUGUUUCACAGGGGCUUCUCCUUUCCUGUCAACUAUAAAACCCUAAAGACAGCCUUGCAGGUGUAUGACAAGGAGGUGCAGUGGACCCUCGGAGCAAUCCUCUACAGGACCCGCUUUUUACCCUUAAGAGAUAUCCAGCAGGAGGCUUUUCGGGCCAGUCACGCUCACUGGCGGGGCUUCUCCUUUGUCUACAAUCACUACCUGUUCUCCGGCUGCUUCCUGGUGGUCCUGCUCUCCAUCCUCCUCUACCUGCUGCGGCUCCGGCGCAUUCACAGGCGGAUGCUGCGCAGUGGGGCAGCCGCCACCCACUGGCUGGAGGAGGGCCUUCCGGCCCAGAAGAUUGCAGGAACCUUGUGAACAGGAACAGGAGUGAGCGCCCAGGAAGACCUUCUAAAGGAAAAGCCAUUUUUGCCUCAGGGUUUCUUCUCUUUAUCUUUGUUUUAUUUUUCCCUUCCCUUUUUGGUCCUUGAAACAAAAACAAAAUCCAUUGUGUGUAAACUCUGCUGUCCUGGAAGAUUGCAUUUGCCACUGUUUGGUACACAGCUUUAAAUUGAGGAGUAGGGAAAAGGGAAAAUCACUUCAUACUUGCUAUAUAGGACAUCUGCCAAAAAUUAUGGAGAUUUUUGGUUUUUCUUUAAGGUAUGUUUAAUUUUAAACAGAUGCACUUUGAUAGUGGAGGGAAAUGGCAAAGGUGUUUUCUAUGGUGAAGAUGGGACUGAAGAGUGAGACUUUUACAGAACCCAGAACCUACUGAAUGAAAUUAAAAUGCUUUUCCCUCUAUCUUGAAAGCUCUAACCUAAA